CACUCACACCAGCAGCAGUACCAGCACCAGCACCAGCUCGGACCUUAUAAACUCUCCAUCCCAAAUCCCGGAAUAUCAAACCGAGCAAUAUGAAAUUGGACAUAAUGUGGAUUUAUCAAACUCUUCUGUGUGUCUUACUGUCCCUGGAUGCGGAGUGCAGAAAACAGACAUUGCAGAGGUAUCAGAAAAGUGAAAACAGCCGGCUGCUUUGUACAGACUGUCCAGAAUCUCCUCGAAUUAGAAACCUGUCGCUGGAUGACUGUGCACGCAAAUGCAGCAAGAGCAAGAAGUCCUGCAGGGCAUUCUACUUUGACCAGAUAAACAGGAAAUGUCACUUGCUUCCCUUCGAUCGUUUCUCCGAAGGCGCAAAGAGAGAGCGAAAACCCAAUUGUGACCUUUUCGAGAAGAAAGACUACGUGAGGGAGUGCAUCAUUGGGUCGGGUGUCAACUACAAGGGGAGAAGGUCAAUCACAAAGACUGGAAUUACGUGUCAAUCCUGGAAUAUGUCCAUCCCACAUGAGCACAAUUUCAAGCCUGCCAGACACAAAAAGUUUGACCUGCGUCAGAACUUUUGCCGAAACCCGGACAAUGAUCCAAGUGGACCAUGGUGCUUCACUGAACUCACUGAGACUCGGCACCAGGAAUGUGGGCUGCCCCAAUGUGCAGACGUGGAGUGCAUGAGGUGUAAUGGGGAAACAUACAAGGGGCCCAUGGAUCACACAGAGAGUGGGAAAGAGUGCCAGAGAUGGGACUCACAGAAACCUCAUAAACACACCUACCAGCCUCACAGGCAUGUAGGUAAAGGCCUGGAUGACAACUACUGCCGUAAUCCCAAUAAUGAUGUGCGUCCAUGGUGUUACACAAUGGACAAAAGCACAACAUGGGAAUACUGUAACAUCAGUGUGUGUGACUCAGAUAAUGAUGUGGAAGUGGAAGUGGAGGUGACCACCUCUUGCUUUCGGGGUCAGGGAGAGGGCUACAGGGGGACAGUCAGUGUGACCCCUGCAGGUGUGACCUGUCAACGCUGGGACGCCCUAUUUCCUCACAACCAUUCAUACACACCACACAACUAUAAAUGCAAGGAUCUCAGGGAGAACUAUUGCAGAAACCCUGAUGGCUCUGAAAUUCCCUGGUGUUUCACCACAGACCCAAAAGUACGCAAAGCUUUCUGUACCAACAUCCCCAGAUGUGAGGCAGAGAGCUCUGACAGCACAGAAUGUUAUGAAGACAACGGGGAGAGUUACCGUGGCAAUUUGUCAAAAACAAGAUCUGGGAUUCCUUGUGGGCUGUGGUCCGACCACACAUUCAGGAGAGACACACGGUCAGCGGAGGCCAGCGCGGGCUUAGAGUUGAACUUGUGCAGGAAUCCAGACCGAGAUAAGCACGGGCCAUGGUGCUACACGUCCAACUCCUCCAUUCCCUGGGACUACUGUGGACUGGAGCGCUGCAAAUCAAUGUCAUCUGAUGACCAUCAAAAGACAGGUGGAGGAGCGAAACCAUCUUGUUUUAUACACAAAACCACCCGGAUUGUUGGGGGGAUGCAGGUGCAGCGAGCAGAGGAUGGAAGCUGGGUCGUCAGCAUUCAAAAAAGGAACAGACACUGGUGCGGAGGUUCACUCAUCAGAGAGGAUUGGGUUCUGACUGAUCAACAGUGCUUCUCCACCUGUGUUCCUGACCUCUCGGAGUACACUGUGCAGGUGGGGCUUCUUCAUCUCAACGCGUCCGCCGACACGCAGGAUCUCCGGAUCGCACAUGUGGUCUGCGGGCCCGAGGGAUCCAACUUGGCCCUGCUCAAACUCACAACGCCUGCCCCUCUCUCUGAGCAUGUGCGAACUGUGCAGCUUCCUGUCGCGGGCUGUGCUGUUGCAGAAGGCACUUACUGCCUCAUGUAUGGCUGGGGAGACACUAAAGGCACGGGACAUGAGGGCAGUCUGAAAAUGGUGGGGCUUCCGAUUGUCAGCAACAAAAGGUGUUCCCAAAGCCACAAAGGUAUUCUGCCAAUCACAGAGACCAAAAUCUGUGCUGGAGGCAAGAGAGACCAGGGUGUUUGUGAGAAAGACUACGGUGGCCCAUUGGUGUGCCAGGAAGGAGAAAGCAAGGUCAUAGUGGGUGUGAGCAUCAACGGUCGUGGGUGUGCCGUCGCCAGGCGUCCUGCUGUCUUCGUCAACGUGGCCUUCUACUCUGAAUGGAUCCGCAAAGUCUUCAAAUACUAUUCGGACAUGGAAAUAAGUUACUAGACUGUUAUAUUUUCCAAUGUGGGGAUAAUAUACUCAUGGCGCGUUAUGGUUUUUAGCAUCUACAACGUGAAGACCAUGGUUGCUGGUGUACACAAAACUU